GACAAAGCUACUUCAUUCGCGUCGACGGUCGCUGCCACUAGAAAGUCGUUGGCAGUUGGUGGGUGCGGUUGUUGUGUGAGUCGGAAAAAAGUGUGUCGAUUGAGUUUCGCGAGAAAGUUUUGCCCGGUUACAAGGUGCACUAAGUGAAGCGUAGAAGAAAAGAAGGUUAUUGUUGCUGCGUUCUUUGAAUUUUACGUUUCAUCGUUUUAACGAAUCUCUGUGGUAUAUCUCAGAGAUCGAUUGGGAGAAACGAGUUGGAACGCGUUCACGAUCGAAAAAGUUACGAUCGUCACGACAUCUCUGAUUUACGACAGAUUAAUUUCGUCGCUUUUGGGAGACCAUCCCAACGAAAUUUGAAAAUUCUAAAACAGAAGAUACGCGCGACUAUCGCCGAGACUUUUAAGAUUGGAACAAAUUGUGUCAUAUCUUAGUCGAUAUUUGCGAAAGAACAAUCGAAAAGCGCUCAGUAUUUCUUUUCGCGCUGGAGCGUCGACGAACGAAUACUAAACGCGAUCGUGCGACGUGGCGGCGACGCCAUUUUGUGAAGACUCCUGUGUGCGAACCGCGAGCAACAACGGCCUCUCUCGAGCCGUGACCUCUCGAAUCACGGAAGGAAUAGUGCUUUCUUUUGAUCGCGUCCUCUCACGUCUCUAUCGGGCGAGAAAACAACGGAAGAAGUGGAAGAAAAGGAAGAGUGGUACUGUAUUAUCAGCAAAAUUCUAUCAUAGACCGUUCGUCCUGGGUCGCAUUGCAUACCAACCAUGAGACUGGAAAUUGUGUCAGCGGCGGAUUUUUUGGUGCAUCUACUGCGUCUUCAGACAGGUCAACUGUCUGAACGUCAGCUGGAGAUGUUCAAGUCCUCUUUGACGGAGGUUUUGCGUCAUCGUUACAGGGAUCACUGGUUCCCAGAUCGACCAAAUCGUGGUUCCGGUUACCGUUGCAUACGUAUCAACGGUAAAAUGGAUCCAGUCAUUGCACAGGCAGGUGCUAACGUCGGUUUACUGCCAACGGUAUUGCAUAGCUUGUUUCCAAGCGAGCUCACCAUGUGGAUCGAUCCAUCGGAAGUAUCCUACAGAAUCGGUGAAAACGGGUCUAUUUGCGUUUUAUACGAACGUACAGAACCUGAACCGGAAGAAUCUCAUCAGCACCAACAUCAGCAUCAACAUCAUCAACAGCAACAGCAACAACAGCAGCAGCAAUUCGAAAGUUGCAAGGAUUCGUUGUUAUUGGAGCAUUCGCAAUUUAGCGAGCAGAUCGCCGCGUUCGUUUCCAGUUGAAGCGUUUUUCUACGUAAAUUCAUCGAUGCAACAACACUAGCAUCUUGUUUCGUUUUCACUGGACGUGCAUCACGCUCUCGGAUUGAUCAAAGCACAUGGGUUUCAUGAUAUGUGAUGGCGUUCCUCCGGUCGGGUGAAUGUUUGACUCGUGCACACGAACGCGCAAUUUUACUCUGUAUAAGUCGAGUUUCGAAGGAAAUGAAGUGUGCAUUGUUCUAUCUAAAUAAGGACAACAAACGUGUAAAAAAAGUGUUUAACCGUUUUUUUUUGGCUAAAGUUGAUUUAACCGAAAAAAUUCGUCCAAUACGUAUCGUUCGACGAGCUUUUGUCGGAAUCCCAGCGAUCGUUAUCACGACCGACUCUAGUCCAACCGUACACAUACAUAUGUGUCAUCCUGAAUUUUUGUCAACCAUACGAAAGAGGAAGAGAGGAUAUUCAUGGCAAGAAGAGCACCAUCAUCGUUUGAAUAUUCGAGGAGAAUAUUGCGCGUUCGCGUAACGACGAUGUCUAACUAGACCAGUGGUCCUCAUACGUUUUGGCGUAUUUCACGAGAAGAUCCAGUUUUUCCAGCUUUUUCUGUUGAAAAUACCGACUGCUAGCGAGAUCGCGCCCGCAAAUGUGAGAAAAUAAUAUAUGGGCGAGCUCCGCUCCGAGGGUCUCUCUCAGACCGACAAAUUGAUCUCAGCUCACCUCCCGCGUACUUCCGUUUAUCUCGAAAAGAAGUUACGUCUGGAGUGGGGGAACAACGAACCAGUCUGUGGCCCUCUCUCUGUUCUCGUGAGAGGAAAAGCGAAACAAGCUUCUCUCCCCUCUCCCCCUCUCAUGGAAAGGAUUCAACAAUGUGUUUUUAUCGUCGCAAAUCUCUUUUCUUCCACGAACGUUUUUUAUCUAUCAAUCUAAUUGAUUAUUCUGAACCCUCUCGUGUUCCGAUGUUCUUGGUAUGCUUUCCCUCCGCUGAUGAAAGUCGAAGGACGAACAUCGAGGACGAAGAUGACAAAAGAAGCAAUUGGUUUUCCAGUGAAAAAUUGACGAAUAACAUGUAUACUGCAUUCUCUCUUCUAUCCGCAUGGUCAAUACGCUGGUUGAGCUUCAAGGAUUUUUUUUCUCUCUAACCUCGCACGGUCAAUGCAAAUUACCACCGAGUCACACAC